AUGAGUGACGAGCUUGCAGCGUGGCAGCGUAUUCCCUGCACGUCCUGUGAGCGUAGCUAUAAGUUCUAUUGUCCCAAAUGCAAUAUCCCACUUGGUGUACCAUCAAAUGUGACAGUGCCAUUAUUGACGCUGCCUCUACAUAUUCAUGUGUGGUUCCAGGACAAAAUUAAGAAAAGUACGGCACCACAUGCCAAGAUAUUGGCUCCACAGGACGUCGAGAUUAUUCCUUAUCCACCAGUAUCACAAGAUCGAGACAAUUCAAUAUCAUACACGUACAAGAAUGCAGUAGUAGUGUAUCCAUCUUUUGAAGCCAAGACACUGGAUGAGAUUACGAUUGAAGAGCUGCGAGAUAUUCGCACGCUCAUUUUUAUUGAUUGUCCAUGGCAAAAAGCUCCAGCAAUCAUGACAGACAAUGCAAUCAACAAAUUGCGACAUGUAAAACUUGCUCAACCACCUAGGGAUAGUAAUUUUUGGCGGUACCAUAAAGCUGGAGCUGGUUGUGUCUCUACGAUUGAAGCUAUUCAUUUGAUGCUGGAAGAAUAUACUGCUGCUGCAAAGAAGGCAGCAAUCACGUUACCCGAGGGCUCAGCAACCACACAGUUGCCGGACUUGCUCUUCUUUUUCAAGCUCCAGUUUACUCGCAUUACGAAACAAUUUGAAAGUGAAGCAGAUCCAGAGAAGAAAAAGCUGCCUAUGGAUGCUGACGAGAAGGAACGUCGUCGUCAAAUGUACAGUCAGAAGGAACAGGGCAAGAAGCGACGGGUUGAGAAUAAAUUGCAAGCAUGGGACGCACGGUCGAAAGCGAUUCAAUCGGGUGUAGAACCACCAGUUACACAGCAAAGUAAACGUCAUCGUCGAUGUUACAAUUGCAAGAAAGCAGAUGAUCAUCACUCGAAGGAUUGUCCAGAACCAUGUCGUUAUUGCAAGAAAUCUGGUCAUUUUAGUGCCAUUUGCAAUAUGAAGCAAGCAGCUCAUGAACGGGAGCUCAAGUGUCAAUUAGUACCACGUACAAAAGCUUUAUAA